GCUUCCUUCGGAUCCUUCAUCUCGCUCUACAGAGUUCUGACUGAACACGGAGCUUCCAUAAUUUCAUACCUCGAAAAGAAAAGGAAGAAAAAAAAGGCGAAGAAGAAACGAUCAAUUCGUCUUCCAAGUCGUUGUUGUUUUCUAGCGCGUGUUGUUUAAGCUAAAGCAUGGGAAUCUAGGACAUUAAGCGUUUCCCUUACCCCUAUGCUCAGGGUGUCGCCAUCGAACGAAGGUACCAAACUCCCCUGAACUCGGCCGUGUCGCCUGUCACCUUUCGAACACCCGAGAAAAUAUGUACAAGUCUACGGGAGGCCCCCCUCCGCGGGGUGGCAUCCUCAGUGUUCUCAAAGCAACCGAGAUGUUGGACUCGAGACCCAGUCUCCCAGCAGAGAUCCUCGUUGCUGUCCUCGACUUCCUCCCUGUUUCCGAUCUUAUGCGAGUUGCCCAAUGCUCCUGGCGAAUGCGAGAGAUGGUGUACGAUGACACGAGAUGGGUUGCGCGAUUGAAGAGCAUGGGAUGCUGGAAUGAAAUAGAGGCGAGGAGGCGGUUUGACGAGGCGAGGCGCCGCAAGCGCGAAGCUUUGGAUAAAUCCAAGGCUGCCAGCAAGCAGCCUGCAUCAGAUCCGCCGUCCCAUACAGCCUCUAAACCAGAGGAUACGACCAUCUUUGAUGCCUCGGUGGAAGCGGACCGGCAGAAGCGCUUGUCUGCGACCAUACCAGUCGAUGGGUUUGAGACGAUGACACUAGAAACAGCACAUCCAAACGAUCCGCCCAAAGAUCCCCGAGACGUGUUGGAGGUCUUCAAGAAUGUGCGGAGCAUACGGGGUUACGCGAGGCAGGAAUAUGGAAAGAUUUAUGGAGCAUUGGCCCCUUUCUACUACGACCUAGCCAGAGCGCAGAGCCAUACGGAUCCUAUAGUCUUCCAGGCUUUCAGGGACCCCGAGCAACAGGCCCAGAUGCUCGCCAACCUCCACGUCUUUGCCCGGAGUGACUGGGCACAGGGGUGGAUGUUAAGAGAGGAGAAGCUUUCGACCAUGUCGGGCAUUUUCGAAAGCGCCGUGCUCCGAGAAUUCGAGCAAGGUUACGAAUUCUGGGAUGUUGACGGGAGGAUGCGGCGGUACGCCCACGUUCUUCAUGAAUUGAACGGCGGCCAUGCGGUCGUGGAACUUUUCAUCCACAAGCACCCUCUCUUCGGUGACCACGAGGUGAUAGCCGCCAACUCGGUGGACUGUCUGAAUCGAGCUGUCUCUGGCGGUAUCACGCUGGACCCGUCUCGGAUCUUUUUCGAAAUGCUGCUGCGGAAGGUGAAUGAGCAGGCAGCCAUCAUCGAGCGAAUAUUCCCCCGCCCCGAGGCUCCAUUCUGGGAGUUCGUCAACAAGGUACGGGAGGACAUCAUCAUGGAGUACACCACGUCGCUCUUUGAUGCGGCCCACGAGCGCUCUCUUGAGUCAUACCUGAAAGCUGUGUCUGGACUAUUCGAGCAGUCCCUGUUGUUUUUCGGAUCCCUGGUUCCUCCGGAGAGUUCGGCGGUUGAUAUCGAGGCAAAAUCCAAAGAGAUGACGAUGAGGGUAUUCGAGCCUCACAUCGACCUCUACUUGCAGGAGGAGAUCGACUUUUUCACCAGGCAUGCUGACGCCGAGGUGGGGACAUGGGAGAAGAGGCUAUCGGAGCAGGACGCUUCGGUCGAGUCGUUCUACAUGUCGAACUUCAACCGGCAGGCUGACAAGACCGAUUUUUUAAGCUCCUUCAAAAAGGUUGUCAUGAUGCCCGUGAGUGUGCUUCCGAGUUUCCCAAUGGGGGGUUCUUCGUCGACUGCGGCGGCGACCAAGCCUGCCGCCUCGUCAUCGCCAAACGGGUCCGGCGCGAACACGCUCGCCCAGCCUUCUCGGUCAGAAGGGCCGGGUCUCGGGGGAAGCAUGGACGGGAGGCGAAGUCCACUACCGGACAAAGCUCCCACGGACGAGCUAGCCGCGAAAGCAGCUCUGAUGGCGUCACGGCUCGAGGGUAUCAAGUCGCUCUUCAGCAUCGAGGUGGCCUUGAAUCUUGUGCACGCCGCACAGGCCAGCCUUGGGAGGGUGGCCCAGUUUAUCAAGCUUGGGGGUCAAUGUGGCGAAGAGGCGCGAGAGCAAUGCGAAGCCAUCUUCGUUGUUCUCCUUCGCAUUCUGGGGACGAAGCAUGUGCAACCUGGGUUCGAAAAGGCCGUCGCACACCUCUCGCAGUACAACCCGCGGGAGGUCAGCCAUCAUGACCAGUCGGGUGUUGCCCCUCUGGUCCAGUUCAUCGAGCUCGUGAACGUGGGUGAUCUUAUUUCGCAGAUGAUUGAAGUGUUCUACGAGCAGCAGCUGGCGGGGCCCAAGAUUGCCGACAAGAACGACUUUCUCGACCCGGCCGGCCUCGCCAAAAAGAAGUGGGAACAGAUGCUGGACGAGAGCGUCGCCGCUGGGCUGAACAAGGGCAUCGACGUGCUCAUGGAUGAGGUGGAGUACCUGCAGGGCUCGACGCAGCUACCGACCGACUAUCACCCGGAGCUCGAAUCGACGAACGGCAGCGCCAACGGCAACGGCAAUGGCAAUGGCAAUGGCAACGGCAUCGUCGGCACCGGGGGUGGUUUCUCGGCCGCGGGCAUCGUGGCGGACCCAGGCCCGACGGCGACGGCGACGCGCAUUGUGGAACUCGUGUCGUCGCACACGCGGAUGCUGGUGGGGACGACGGAAAAGACCAUGCUAGAUGUGUUCAACGGCGAGGUCGGGCUGCGGCUGUUCACGGCGGUGUGCAAGCACCUGAAGCGUCAGCGCGUCAGCACGGCCGGGGCCAUCAAGCUCAUCGCCGACAUGAACCUCUACUUCGAGUACAUCCGCACCCUGCGCAACCCGGACCUGCUGGCUUACUUCAAGGCGCUGCGGGAACUCAGCCAGAUCUACCUAAUCGAGCCCCGUCACGCAAAGGAGAUGGCCACUGUUAUCGCCGACGGCGACCGGUUCGGCGGCGUUUUUCGUGCCGAGGAGGUGUAUGAGUAUGCGCAGCGGCGUGCGGAUUGGUAUCAGGUGAAGAAUCGCGUGGAGAGGGCUAUGUACGGUCUGGAGUGCUCUCUGAUGUAAGGCGACCAGGGCGAGACUGAGCUGCCGAAAGAGGAUACGAGGGAAAAGGGAAGUCGAGAACUAAAAAAAAAUCGAAAAUCGAAAGUAAUGGAAUGCAUAUACUCGUGGGACGGCGUUUCUAAACCAUGUACGCGCCUCACCUUUGUAUAUAACUCCCCCACCCUGAAAUACUCCUUGAGAACCAGAAACGCCCCGAAACUCCUUUGCGUAACUAGC